UUCAUAGCUAAUCACAUGGUUUAGUCAUCUCUUUCUCUCUCUCUCUCUUUCCAUUUCUCUCCCUGUGAUUUUGAGGAUUAUUCGUGUGUGUAAUCCAUAUACAUUGGCGGCUUUGAUUCGAGUCAUCGCGAGUCUAAGUAAUUGUAAUCAAACAUCCAAGAUUCAGAGAUGGGGAGUUUGGGUGCGAUUUUGAGGCAUCCGGAUGAUUUCUAUCCAUUGUUGAAGCUCAAAAUGGCGAUGAGGCAUGCCGAAAAGCAGAUCCCUCAGGAACCUCACUGGGGAUUCUGUUACUCCAUGCUCCACAAGGUUUCUCGUAGUUUUGCUCUCGUGAUUCAGCAGCUUGAUACUGACCUCCGUAACGCUGUUUGCAUUUUCUAUUUGGUUCUUCGGGCCCUUGACACUGUUGAGGAUGAUACAAGCAUAGAUACAGAGGUCAAAGUGCCUAUUUUGUUGGCAUUUCAUCGUCAUAUAUCUGACCCUGGCUGGCAUUUUUCAUGUGGGACAAAUCAUUACAAGGUUCUGAUGGAUGAAUUUCAUCAUGUUACCAAAGCUUUUCUAGAGCUUGAGAAAAGUUAUCAGGAGGCUAUUGAAGAUAUUACCUUGAGGAUGGGUGAAGGAAUGGCUAAAUUUAUAUGCAAGGAGGUAGAGACCAUUGAAGAUUAUGAUGAAUACUGCCACUAUGUGGCAGGUCUUGUGGGGUUAGGGUUGUCAAAACUUUUCCAUGCCUCUGGGACAGAGGAUUUGGCAUCAGAUUAUCUUUCCAAUUCAAUGGGUCUAUUUCUUCAGAAAGUAAACAUUAUACGAGAUUAUCUGGAGGAUAUAAAUGAGAUACCAAAGUCUCGCAUGUUUUGGCCUCGUGAAAUCUGGAGUAAAUAUGUCGACAAACUUGAGGAUUUGAAAGAAAAGGAGAAUUCCGACAAGGCUGUGCAAUGCUUGAAUGACAUGGUUACAAAUGCUUUGAUACAUGCCGAAGAUUGUCUUAAAUACAUGAAAAAUCUUAAAAGUCCUGCUAUCUUCAGGUUUUGUGCUAUACCGCAGAUUAUGGCAAUUGGUACCAUUGCUAUAUGCUAUAACAACAUUGAAGUCUUCCGGGGCGUUGUGAAGAUGAGACGUGGUCUAACUGCUAAGGUUAUAGAUCGAACAAAUACAAUGGAAGACGUCUAUGGUGCUUUCUACGACUUCUCUGGGAUGCUGAACGCAAAGGUGGACAAGAAUGAUCCAAAUGCCAUAAAAACAUUGAACAGGAUAGAGACAAUUCAGAAAGUUUGCCAAGAGUCUGGUACACUGAACAAAAGGAAGUCUUACAUAAUCAGCAACGGUCCAAUGAAUAGUUCAACUGUGAUAUUGAUAUUGUUUGCUGUAGUUGCGAUGCUUUUCGCAUAUCUAUCGGCAAAUAGAGCUGCUAAUAUGUAACCCUUUUUUUCCAAGAAACAUUUGAGACUGGGAACAUUUGGCUAAGUAAGGUAUUCUAUUUUUUUCUCUCAUGAUUUCAAUAUGUAGUAACACAAAUGAAGGUGGUAAUAUCCAUCGUCAAUAAAAAGACUGUAUGUAUGGACUAAUAUUGAUAUGUAAACUAAAGAAAAAAAUUUAUGUAAUCGGUAUUUUGUCAAUAGGAGUGGUUGAGGGAUCCUUUAAAUUAAGUAUUAUGUGAUUUUCUUGUAA